CCAUUAAGUGGGAAGGACUGCGUUCUCCUACGGGCUCGGUUCACUGGCCGUACACCCUGGGGCGGGAGGGGGCGUGGCCUCCCGGCCCAGGCUCCACCCCCAGGCCCGCUUCCUCUCUGAGGCGGGAGGGGGACCCUGUCGUCCCGCUGUGCGCGGGCAGCCCCCGGCCGCCGCGCAAUGUCCGCCGGCUGGUUCCGGCGCCACUUCCUAUCGGGGGGUCCACUUCCAGAGCCGCGGCCACCUCGGCCGCGCUCCAGCCCGGUGCCCUAUCACCGGCCCCGCUUCCUGCGAGGCUCCAGCCCCGGCGCCACCGACGCCUCCCGCCGCCCGGAUGCCCGGCCGGUGCGCAGCCCAGCGCGGGGCCGCACGCUGCCUUGGAACGCAGGCUACGCCGAGAUUAUCAAUGCAGAGAAAUCUGAAUUCAAUGAGGACCAGGCCGCUUGUGGGAAGCUGUGCAUCCGGCGAUGUGAGUUUGGGAUUGAGGAAGAUCAAGAGUGGCUGACAGUGUGCCCGGAGGAGUUCCUGACGGGUCAUUACUGGGCACUGUUUGAUGGGCACGGUGGACCUGCCGCAGCCAUUUUGGCUGCCAACACCCUGCACUCUUGCCUGCGCCGGCAGUUGGAGGCUGUGGUAGAAGGCGUGAUGGCCACUCGCCCCCCCAUGAAUCUCAGUGGCCGCUGUGUCUGCUCCAGUGACCCCCAGUUUGUGGAGGAAAAGGGCAUCCGGGCAGAAGACUUGGUGAUUGGGGCCCUGGAGAGCGCCUUCCAGGAAUGUGAUGAUGUGAUUGGGAGAGAGCUGGAGGCCUCAGGCCAGGUGGGUGGCUGUACAGCCCUGGUGGCUGUAUCCCUGCAAGGAAAGCUGUAUGUGGCCAAUGCUGGGGAUAGCAGGGCCAUCUUGGUACGGAGAGAUGAGGUACGGCUGCUGAGUUCUGAGUUCACCCCAGAAACAGAGCGGCAGCGGAUCCAGCAGCUGGCCUUCAUCUACCCCGAGCUUCUGGCUGGUGAGUUCACCCGACUGGAGUUUCCACGGCGGCUGAAGGGGGAUGACUUGGGGCAGAAGGUUUUAUUCAGGGACCAUCACAUGAGUGGCUGGAGCUACAAACAGGUGGAAAAGUCCGAUCUCAAGUACCCACUGAUUCAUGGACAGGGUAGGCAGGCUCGGUUACUGGGAACACUGGCUGUCUCCCGAGGCCUGGGAGACCAUCAGCUCACAGUUCUGGACACCAAUAUACAGCUCAAACCCUUCCUGCUCUCCAUCCCACAGGUGACUGUGCUGGAUAUGGACCAGCUGGUACCGCAGGAAGACGACGUGGUUGUCAUGGCAACUGAUGGGCUCUGGGAUGUCCUGUCCAAUGAGCAGGUGGCAUGGCUUGUGCGGAGCUUCCUCUCUGGGAAUGGAGGGGACCCACACAGGUUCUCAGAGCUGGCCAAGGUGCUGAUACACAACACACAGGGGAAGGACGAUGGUGCCACCGGAGAAGGGCAGGUGUCCUAUGAUGACGUCUCUGUGUUCGUGAUCCCUUUGCACAGCCACGGCCAAGGGGGCAGUGGCCACUGAGGAUUCAGAUACUGCAUUCUAGAGACUCUUCAGGACCAGUACAGUCUGGGCAUAUGUCCACUGUGGCCAAGAGCGUGCCAAAUGCUUUUGCUUUCUGCAUCAACUUAUUUGCAAGAGAGCAGCGGAUGAAGAGUCCAGGUCCCGCCUUCUGCAGUGGUAACAUCCCUCUGGCAGAGGCACUUCACAACAUGUGGUAUCCACACUGACUCCUCAGCAGCCUAAAGGGUUAAGGGCACUAAGAAGCCUUGGGGAGCAAGGCAGCUCAUUUGGUUUCAACCCAUAAAUGUUCAGUCCAUGCAUUUAACCAUCCAUCCACACAAGGUGCCUUGCUGGAACCUCUGAGCAGCCUCACAUCUGCUUAAUCUAAGAUUAAAGCUACCUUAACUUUUUUCUUAAA